UAGGAAUGCCCCGCCCCAUCUUUCUGUUGUCCCUUAGAAAUCAAAUUAGAUGAAAGGUUCAAUUUCAAAAGUUGACACAGAACCUUCAAUCAUCAACAAUCACAUCAUAUUCUUUCCUAAACCAAAUCAGAUUUGAUCUCAAUCACAACUUCUCAACUCUCUGCCCCUAAACCUUGCAAGCAAGAGUUUCAUAAUAUAAGACAAGCAAGACACACCCCACCCCUGCAUCCAAACCAAAACCAAAAGAAACAACAAAACACUUUCUCAGAUUCAUAUCCCAUCUUCUCUUCUCCCUCUUCUUAAAACCAGGGAGGGAGAGGGAGAGAGAGAGAGAGAACGUGCUUAACAUAGCAAUGGCAAUGGCCAACAAGGAGAGGGAGAAGAAGUUCUUCUUUGUAGGGUCACUAGUAAACUACGCAGCUGAACUAAAGCUUCUUCUCGCAACUCUCUUCCUUCUUUGUGGUGUUGCCACUCUCCUUCAAUUCCUCCCUUCGCGUUUCACCAUUUCCUCCUCCGAUCUCCGCUUCUGCAUCUCAAGGGUGUCCCUAACACCCCCACCACCCUCUACACCCCCACCACCCUUUACAACACUUUCUACACCCCCAACACCACUCUCUUCCACCCAAAAACACCUUCCCAAUGGCACCAUCAAGCGUGUCUUCAACCCUCACGGCUCCGCGGCCUACAACUUCAUCACCAUGGGAGCAUACAGAGGAGGACUCAACACCUUCGCCAUCGUUGGCCUUUCUUCCAAGCCACUCCACGUUUAUGGCAAACCCACCUACGUGUGUGAAUGGAUCCCUGAUCUCCCUUCACUGCAAAACUCUUCAAAACCCAUCAUCACAAAAGGCCUCAAGUACCUCCCUGACUGGGGCUAUGGCCACGUCUACACCGUGGUGGUAGUUAACUGCACCUUCAACGGCACCGCUGUCAAUGGUGACAACACCGGUGGCAAGUUGGUGCUCCAUGCUUCCACCUCAGGAGCCGGUGACACUGGCUUCAACGUCACCGACAGAAUAGAGGUCCUCCAUGAAGCACCGGGAGCUUUAAACGCUUCACUUUUCAUGUCAAAGCCUAAGUAUGACUACUUCUACUGUGGCUCUUCUCUCUAUGGGAACUUAAACCCUCAGAGGGUGAGGGAGUGGAUCGCUUACCACGUGAGGUUCUUCGGGCCAAAGUCGCAUUUCGUGAUUCAUGAUGCUGGUGGGGUGCAUGAGGAGGUGCUUGAGGUGCUGAAGCCGUGGAUGGAACUAGGGUUUGUGACAUUGCAGGAUAUUAGGGACCAAGAGAGGUUUGAUGGAUACUAUCAUAACCAGUUCAUGGUGGUCAAUGAUUGUCUUCAUAGAUACAAGUUCAUGGCCAAGUGGAUGUUCUUUUUCGAUGUUGAUGAGUACAUUUAUGUGCCUCCUAAGACUACUAUCAAGUCCGUGCUUCACUCACUUUCGGAAUACGACCAGUUCACCAUUGAACAGAUGCCUAUGAGCAGCAAGAUUUGCCUCUCUGAGGAUUACGGCAAAACUUACAGGAAAUGGGGUUUUGAAAAGCUUGUGUAUAGAGACUCAAUUACAGGAAUUCGUAGAGAUCGAAAAUAUGCAGUGCAACCACGGAGUUUGUAUGCAACAGGGGUGCACAUGUCAAUGGAUCUAUCAGGAAAGACAACACACAAAACUGAAGGUAGGAUCAAAUACUUCCACUAUCAUGGAACCAUAUCAGAAAGGAGAGAAACAUGUAAAAUACUCGUCAACACAACACAAGUCACCCAGAACAAAAUUCCUUAUGUGAUGGACACCACAAUGAGGGACACUGCUGGGGUAAUCAAGAAAUUUGAGCUCAAGAUGAUUGGAACAAGGUUGCAGAAGACAAGGCAAUAAUGACAUACCUCAAAUCUCUCAUUCCUUUUCUCUUGAACAGGAAAUGGGCUUUCCUAUAAAGAAAUAUAUAAUUUAACUUGUGGCAGGAUAAAAAAAAUCUCUGAGAGUUUUUAUAUAAUAUCUGUAUUAUAUAUAAUUUUUUUUAUUUAUCUGGUACAGAUGGGGGUAUAUGAUCUUGUUUCAUAUUUAAUAAAUUUUUUUUGGGGGGGUGGGGGGUUCUGUUCUGUUAUUUGAGUUUUCUAUGCUGUAUUUUUGUAAAAAAUAAUGAAUAAAAAUAUAUGGUUUAAUUUUAA